AUUGAGGAAGUUUCCAUGCUCCAUUUCUCCAGUGAGUGUCCUGGUCCGAGAGGGCGACUAUAGUCAGCAAUGAAACCGCACAGGUGUCUUAAGGAUCGGUGUUGAAAAACCUCAAACUUUGAAAAUGUUUGGUUCCAGUCCGUUCUCCUACGCCCCGGGGGGGUUGUCUCCGAUGGACCUGUCUCCCAGACGUCAAAUUAAUAAUCCAAAACCAGCUGGCAGCCUUUAUAGUGACGACCAUGUUCAGGGAAACAUGUCCAGACCCACUGGGAAAUCCAUCUACAUGCAGAGAAAAGAGUACGCAGAAACACUGAACAAACAAUCAGACAGCUUAAAUGUCAGAGUGGAGCACCUGUUCACCUGUGAAAUGGAUGGUCGGGAUGUGGACUCAAUCAGUGACUGUGUGUCCAAACUGAAGAGGCUGGACACUAAGGGUCGGCUGUGGUCACAGGAGAUGAUCCUGGAUGUGCAGGGGGGCUAUCUGGUCCUCUCCGACAUCGAGACCAAGUCAGAGUUGGACUCUCUGCCUUUGAACAACAUCAUUGAAACUAAUGCCAUUUUGGACACAUGUGCCUACAACUCUCUGCUCACACUCACCCUCCAGGAGCGCAACAAACGCAUCCCUCAAGUCUAUAUGUUUCAGUGUGAAGAGACUGGGGCCGAGGUCAUUAAGGCAGAUUUAGAUAAAGCAAUUCAAAGAGGAGGUCAAGGAUUUGUGGAGCAGCGCACCCAGAGACCUUCAGACCAGGCAGAACUCAGGAGCAAUCUUGAGAAUAUCAUUGGUGCCGGAGGGUACCACCCGGAAGGCCCACGUGCAAUGUUGAGAGACGGCUUCACUCCGUCUCCAGAGCCCCCUCAGUGGAGGAGCAGGGAACCAGAAAACUAUCGUCCUGAUGAAGCACUCUACCAGGAAGAGGUGUAUGAUACACAGUUUGACCCGGGGCCUCCUCUGCUCUCAGACACUGAGAGGAACGCAGAAAUAUUUAACCAUGUUUUGAAUGAUCUGGAGAUCUUCAUGUCUGAUGUCACUGCAGCACAAAACGAAGCUGCUCAGAAUCCUGAUAAAAAGAAAAGGAAAUCAAAGAAAUCAAAGAAAAAAGCUGCUCCAACUGUCUAUCUGCCAGCAGUGGAUCAGUACAUGUCCUGUCUUCAGAAAAUCAAAUAUGGAUUCAAUCUUCUGGGACAGCUGGAGGGUGCCUUCGCUGAGCCCACUGCUGAAGACUAUGUCCACAUCAUAUUCAACAUUUUGGCUGCAUUGGUGCCUCAGUAUCCCCUGGACAUCCCUCCCACAGUUCAGGCUCCAUUGCUGACGGACGCAGCUGUGCAGAUGCUGGGCUCCGAGGUCACCCCAGAGGAGGAUGAGCUUUGGGGAUCCCUGGGAGACUUCUGGACUGUCCCCAGGUCCCAAUGGGCAGAAGAAGACAUCCCGCAUUACAUCCCUGAGUUUUAUGACAACUGGCAGCCCCCGCCUCCCUCUCAAAUGCCCCACCCAGUGAGCCGGAGCAACAGCCAGCGAUUCCCCCCCAGACAGCAAAACGGAUGGGGUACUCCGCCCCCUGCAAGACUGAAUGAACCUGAGCUCAUGCAAGCCAUGUAUGAUUUCAUGGCGAGAAACAACAGAGAGCUCAGCCUCAUGCAGGGGGAUGUGGUUGAGGUGGUUCAGAAGAACAAGCAGUGGUGGCUGGUCCGUAACAACCGUAACGAGGAGGGCCAUGUUCCCCAAAAUGUCCUGAUGUCAAUGGACCAACCUCACAUGGGACAGAGAGAGGGCCCUGUGACUCUGGACAUGAGCUCCUCUUCAGCAGAGGUCUCGACUUGGCUUGCCUACAAGGGUUUCUCCAAGAUGACAGUGAGAAGCCUGGGAGUGCUGAAUGGGCGACAGCUUUUGGGGAUGACCAAAGAUGAGAUCCGAUCUGUGUGUCCUGAAGACGGAGGGAAAGUCUUCUUCCAGCUCCAAGCCAUUAAAUCUGCCAUUGCACUCGCCAGUGAACCAUCAGGACCUUACAAUGGCCGCUACUAAAGAGUCUUCUUUCACUGUUGUUAAUUAUUAAACAUCAAUGAGCAGUAAAACUGGCUUGACAUAUUGUUGAAUAAAAAUUUUUGAAAAUCCAACAAAUGUAUAUAAUAACCAAGAUUUAGCUUAGCACAUACCAAAAAGGAGGUUAAUGGUAGUAGAGCUGAAAAAAUCCAAGGCUAUGUAUGUAUAUGCUCUUGAACAGUAAUUUGCAAUUUUGUCUGUCUAGUUUGCUUGCCAAGUACCUAAAUAUAAAUCAAAACUCUAGCUGUGUUGCAUGGUGGAUGUGAUGGACAUUAUAAUAAAAAUACAAAAUGUUGUGUCUGUGGGUUAUCAUUAGAUUGUCAGCUGUAUGAGUAAAGUGACAAAACCAUUACAGUA